UGAUUGUUUUUCUUCAUUGUUUCUCUCGUACAGAGACUGGGCUUCGGUAUGUUCCGCUGUUGGUUGGUUCAUGACCAACUUUGAUUAGUAAGCCUUUGUUAUUGUCCAACCUACAAAUCUCGCGAUCUCCCUCUGAAUCUGCACCGUUUACUCUCUCACCCUCAUCACUUUGUUCAUCAUGAAAGACGCGGUCCCCAGUGCUGAAGAAGGCAGAACUGUGUAUGAAAAAGGUUUUCGCAUCUGGCAAAGUCUCUACAUGCGUGCUAUGGAGAGAUCUGACCUUCCCCAAACCUGUUUUCAGAUCCAGCCAGCAUUGCAGCACCAGCCUUACUUUCCUGAUGACUUGAAUCUCAAGCUCGCUUACAAGAAGCUCUGGGCUUCGGGAACAUCGAUCUGGGAAGGAUCGUCGGAGAACUGCACCAUACCUCCACUGCAACGGCAUGUUCAAAUCGGAGUCUCGGCCGACAUUCCAACCCCUCUCAUUGUGUCUACAAACCCGGAUCGAAGCCACCAGCAAUGGUUUAAUACAGACGAAAAUCACCUCACUGUCUUGAUAUUUGCAUGGAGUCAUAUUCUUUCAGCACGCUGGGCUGAACUCAUGCCCGAAGCCAUACUCACAUAUACGGACAGCAAAGCAUGCAACAGCGACAAGGCCGAGAACAAGAUCCUGUCUUGCAACCGAUGCAUGGUGUCAGAUACAGCCAUAUCAGCUGCGACUGCCUUCGGCUUUCUAUCUGAUUACUGCUCUCUGCAUAAGAUUGUUGACCAGGGCUAUGCAGCAUUAUCGGCCGUGUUAUUGCUCCCACAGUUGCCUGGCAGAGGAAAAGGCAUCGAAGACCAUCAUUUAGACAAACUUCUCACGUUGAGCUGCACUGGAGGAGCGAUUCAUUCUCUGCUGGCAAGCGUCUUCUACGAGCCUGGCAUAGCUUGCAAUGUUGCAAGCCCAUGGCUGCAAUCCAUAUUUGCUGUUGUAAACUCUGUUGACGACGAUCGCAUUCUGAUCCAUAUGCUAAUGAGUCGAGUUCCGCACCUUGCCUUCUUCUGGCUUGGAGGAGCAAUCCUGGGUAGCCAUAAGCAGGUAUUAAGAGAUGGUCAAUUCGGAUUUAUCCCUACUGACAUAGAUGUUGCGGCGUGGUCUGGAACCAUGCAAUCGUUCAUGCAAGAGCCUAUCCAUCCAGCAACAAAUAGCUCUAUUUUGCGCUCUGAUAAAUGUCGAAUUCUCUAUCUUAUCCAAGAGGACCGUCAUACACGCUGGCCUAUAUGUCCGUGGAUGCCGUUUGGUGCUACCGCUCUUGAAAACACUGAAAUUGACGUCCGCCUGCACGCGAACUGCACCGGGCACGGCCUCCGAUAUGCAGGUUGGAAGUGGACGUGUCAAAAUGGUCGCGUGGUGGAGCCAAUAAUGCCAAACAUCACAAUCAAUUAUGAUGCUCUCAACCCGGGGGAAGAGUGUGAGUCAAAGAAUGAAACACGAUGCAUGUUCGGCUGGCUGCGACGUGAAGGGUAUCCUCCGCAGGAGAAGAGAAUACAUGAGUGGAUAGAGCUUAAUGGAUUGGAUGGCAGAUUGUCACCUGACAAAGAUUCUGGAGAGGGCCACAAAGCUUCAAGAACUGAUGUGGAAGAUUGGAUAGACCACAUUGUCUGUGAUGAUGACCCAUGA